AUGAGUUUUCGAAGGAUCAAACCAUUUGUUGACGACGAUGGCAGCGGCCACUGUGGCCAGGAGAAUGUUAUGAACGAUUCUGUUGGGUCUCGGGGGGGCAAUAAGGCAGAAAUUUCUGGCAGCAAUGAUGACGGCACGACCUGGGGCGGCAAUGAACCAGAAGAUGGCGAUGAUGAUAUGGAUAUGGAGGGGGAGGAAAGUGAUGAAGAGGAGCGGCCCAAUGCGCAAGUUGCUAUAUCCCACAUUUCGUUCGGCACACUAGCAAAAGCCCAAAAAUCCAUCGUAAGAGAGCGGCAAAGGUCACAAUCACUCUCUAAAAGAGAUUGGGUCACCGAUACAAAAGCUCAAUUAGCUGCUCUUAAAGAGUCACAAGGGAUAAAGCCCCUCAAACUUCAAAAGACACGGGAAGAGUUAAAACGUUCCUCCAAGCACGCGCCCCAAGAAAUCUCCUCCAAAAGGGCUGUUACUCGCCGACGAGAAGCGGUUGCUCCGAUAAUCCCCGCUGCGCAAGCUGCCAGAGAUCCUAGGUUCGACACCGCAGUUAAGGGGGUCUACGAUGAAAAGGUUUUCAGAAAAAAUUAUUCUUUUCUCGAUGACUAUCGGGAGGACGAGAUGAAGGCCUUAAAACAAGAGAUUUUCAAGUCUAAGGAUGAGCAGAAAAGAGAGCAACUAAAGAAAGAACUUCUCUCAAUGGAAUCAAGACGCAAGACCGAAAAAAAUAAGGAGCAAGGCGAAAAGGUUGUCAGGGAGCACAGGAAAAGGGAACGAGAGUUAAUAAAGCAGGGGAAGAAGCCAUUUUAUUUGAAGAAAGCUGAGCAAAAGAAACUACUCCUGGCGGAAAAAUAUUCCAAGCUCAACGAGAAGCAACUAGAAAAAGUCUUGGAGAAGAAGAGAAAACGCAAUUCCCAAAAAGAGCGGAAAAGCAUGCCCUUAUCGCGCCGUGUUGGGUAGUACGAGCACUUUAUUAUUGCUUAUCCUUUCUUUAUCAUUUACUCCAGAAUUUUCUGCAUGCAUGUAAUACUUGUAUGUGCACAAUUAGCUAUCUGCCACAGAUUCAAUUAUUGUAUGGG